CGUUGUUCCAUAAAGGAAGGACCUAACCUGAGCUAAAAACCAAAAGGGUCAGGGUCGUUACGUCCAGAUCGCGGGCAAGCAGCACAAGAUUCUGGGCAAGCUUACAAAAUGACGGGCAAGGUGUUUGACGCGGCAGAAGUUGCCAAACACAACUCGCCCGAGAGCUGCUGGGUAAUCCUGUACGGCAACGUCUACGAUGUCACUGACUUUGUGCCCGAGCACCCCGGCGGCUCCAAGAUCAUCCUGCAGCUGGCCGGCCGCGAUGCCACCGAGGACUACGACCCCGUCCACCCGCCCGGAACCCUCGAGGAGAACCUGAAGCCCGAGGCUAAGCUGGGCGCCGUCGACCCCGAGAGCCUCAAGCGCCUGCAGCAGGAUCAGGCGCAGGAGAGGCAGAUCGCCGUCGUGACCCCGGCCACGGACCCGCCCGCCGCCCUCGAGACGCUCUUCAACCUGGACGAGAUGGAGGAGGCGGCCCGGAAGCAGGUGUCGCGCAAGUGCUGGGCUUACUACUACUCGGCCGGCGACGACCUGUUCUCCAAGAACUACAACAACCACGUCUACCGCUCCAUCUUGCUGCGGCCGCGCGUCUUUGUUGACUGCACUCGCAGCGACCUCUCGACCUCACUGCUCGGCCACCGCGUCGGCACGCCCCUCUACGUCGCGCCCGCCGCCAUGGCCCGUCUGGCACACCCGGACGGCGAGAAUGGAAUCGCGCGCGGCAUCUCGUCCUUUGGCGGCGUCCAGAUCGUCAGCAACAACGCCAGCCAGACGCCCGAGCAGAUCGUCGAGGGCGCCGCCCCGGGCCAGAUUUUUGGCUGGCAGCUGUACGUGCAGACGGACGUGCGCAAGAGUGAGGCCAUGCUGGCGCGCAUCGGGCGCCUGCGCGACCACUACAAGUUUAUCGUCCUGACGCUGGACGCGCCCGUGCCGGGAAAGCGCGAGCUGGAUGAGAAGCAGCAGUUCGAGGGCGCGUCCACCGUCACGGCCGCCGCCUCCAUCGGUAAGCCCGAGGAGCGGCGGCCCGGCGGCGGCGGCGUCGGGCAGCAGCUCUUUUGGGGCACGGCGGCGGACCUGACGUGGCGCACGACCCUCCCUUGGCUGGCGAGCAAGACGGACCUGCCCAUCGUGAUCAAGGGUGUGCAGACGCACGAGGACGCCUACAUCGCGGCCCAGCACGCGGCCCAGUACGGCACCGUGCGCGCCAUCAUCCUAUCCAACCACGGCGGCCGCGCCCUCGACACGGCCCCGCCCGCCGUGCACACGCUGCUCGAGAUCCGCAAGUACUGCCCCGAGGUCUUUGACCACGUCGAGGUCUGGGUCGACGGCGGCAUCAAGCGCGGCACCGACGUGGUCAAGGCCCUGUGCCUCGGCGCAAAGGCCGUCGGCGUCGGCCGCGCCGCUCUGUACGGCCUGGGUGCCGGCGGCUGGCGUGGUGUCGAGAGGACGUUUGAGAUCCUCAAUGCCGAGAUGACAACGUGCAUGAAACUCCUCGGAGCACAGAAAGUGGAGGACCUGGGGCCCCAAUUUAUCAACUCCAGGAUGGUCGAGCGCGACAUCUACGACGGGCCUGCGGGGCUGGAUGGCCUCCACCUCUGGGCCAAGGCCAAGCUCUGAGGGGAUGUGGGGGCGGGCUGCCUCGGCUCUUCAUGCGGGUUGGCAAGGCGAUCACGCGGGGAAGCCAAGACCUGACAUGGGCGCCAACAGGGCAACAGGGGUAACCUCCCUCGUUCCUGCGAGGAUGGCUGGGCGUGUGGAAUUGCCCCGCAUCUAUUUCAUCUAUUUCAUCUAUUGCAUCUAUACGCUGCUAUACGCUCCUCGGUUACACUCUGGCGUAUUUAAAUGCGCCCUUUUUAUUCCUUUGAAUUUAGCUCUUUGAUUUGGUUUGCUAGCACUGGUAGACACAAUUUGCGUCGAUUUAGAUCAGCGGAAAAUAACAGCCAAUGUUUGUGGAGAGAUUCUGCUGCAUUUUGAAUAAUAUCCUUUUUCUGUGCUCACCCAUGC